UUAUUUUUUAAGAAUUUUUCAAGCGACAAAAUCAACCAUUUUUGAAGUUUUUGCGCAUUAACCAAAUAAGGUUAAAAAUUCGAUAGCCAAAGCUUCGCCAUUUUAUUUUGGAAGUGAAAAAUGACGAAGUUGUACGCGUUACAUUCGUUUUUAACCCAAGUUCAAUCUAGGCUUGGAUUCCACCGGAUUUGUUCAAACUUCUUCGACUGGAAGAUCCCAUUCUGCCAAAAGAAAAACAAAACGAAUCUUCCGUAUCGUCAUCGGCUCCGUCGUCAGCUUACCACGGGUUGGCCGGACACCCUAUCUGGGCUGCAAAAAAAACAUUUUCAGAUACGGAACGGGCACGCAUCGAUAAACAACCGGCAGCAAUCCCUCCGUCAAUCCGCGCUAAUCGCACAUAACUGCGGUAAACAGAAACCACCGGAAUCCGCGGUCGUCGUUAUCAAAGUCUCCGGAACCAAGUUCAACGGCAGAGGUGGUGGUUUUUUGAUCGAGCAAACGCACCUUCCCGUAUCGCAGGGAAGAGGAAAUGCGGGUCGAUUAGAAGAAAGUUGAACCGGGAGCUGUUCCGGUUUCGUUAGAGUACGACGGAUUAAAGUACAACAUGAACAGAAAUAAUGGUAUCGAUUCAUAUU